UAAUGGCAACACUGUGACUAACAAACUAAAGACGUCAAUAAAUGAAGGUUAUGUUUUAAAUUUAUUAUUAUUUGUUUAUGUUUAUUCAUAGAGAAUUAACAACAAGUGUUUACUGUAUGAUUGUACAACUACAACACAACACAACAUGUCCGACUCCGAACCCGAAGAAGUAAAUCGAUACAAAAAAUUUAAACACUGUUCCGCCAUAAGUGAGGAUGAACGAAAACUACUACUUCAGUGCGUGAGCAAAUUUCAAUUACAUAAAUAUUAUGAAUAUACACCUGCAAUUAAAGCUGAAAUAAAUGAGAAAUGGAUACAGUUCUCGGAGAUACUCAAAGAUAAAGGCUAUGACAGGGCAACUGAAAAAUUAGGGAAUCAAUACCUAUCUCUUAAAAAACAGGCAAUUAGGAGUAUAUCAAUUUUUUAUGGUCAUAGACGUGGCGAGAAACCCACAAAAAUAGAUUAUCUGUUCGCAUAUUUAUUUCCGAAGUAUUUUGAGAAAGUCGGUUUGGAUAUGAAUGAAUUGAUGGCAGAUGCUAAAGUAAAUGCAAAGGAAAUCCUAGAAAGUUUAGCUUCUACCGAAGAUCAAGAAUGCGCUACUAUAUUGGAGGAUACAGCAUCCUUAGAAUAUUCAAACAAGCUAAAACCUCAAAUGAAUUUAAAGAGAUCUCAUUCCAAUAAAGCCGAAGGACCAGCAAAUAAGAUGACCAAAGUCCACGAAGAUGAAGCUACAUUAGAGCCUUUAAUAAAUAACAAUAAUUCUUUAAAGGAUUAUAUAAAUGCACUUAAAGCCAAACUUCUGGAUAUAGAAAAUAAGAUAAAGGAAAAAGAUCAUCAGCUUGAGCUCAAAAAUUUAGAAAUUUCACGUUUAAACGACCUUCAUGCUAAGAACUUAGAAGAAAUGAAAUUUGGAGUAUAGUUUCAAAUUGUUGAAAACAAAGACUAGCUUUAGAUGAAACUUCAGUAUUUUAUUUAUAAUGUUUUUCUACUGUAGUAAAUAAUUUUUAGUAAUAUGUGAUGGAUUCUCAUGUAAUAUUCUGUGUUAUAGAAUAAAAUCCUUGUUGGGAAGAGUUUUGUUGUAUAAUCCACUUCUGCAAUUAUUGUGAUGUAUUUGAUUUAAAAUGAAUUCAGGAAUUUUUUUGUAGUUUGGCAACAAUGUCAACUUAGAUCUCUGACGUACAACGGUAUGUAGACUCAUAAACACAUAUGAAAUGACGAAAUGUAGUUGCCUACAUUUGGCGUAAGACUUGCGACUUGCUUGACAUUGACAUUUCAAAUUAUGAUAAAUGAUUUAAAAGUGUUUACAUUCUUUAAAAGACAGAUUUUUUACAAAAAAUUUCUUAUUUUUGUAAUCCAUAAACUAAUUUUAUGUGCCUAAGCCCAAAACUAUUAUUCAACAAGAACAAUGGAGUUAGAAGGAAAGGACAGUGAAGAAAACAAACGAG